UAAUAAGCAGCUUAAAUUUUUUAUAGUCCGACUCAAUUGUCACAGUGACACUUUCCCGAAAAACAAACAUUUGUCAUUUUCAUUCCAUUUUCAUAAUCUUGCUUAAGAACUCGGAAAGCCACUGCUUUCAGAAAUUUCAUGGCCUUUUUCACAGGUUAAUGCUGAAAGAAUAUAAAUGAUGAAUCUACCGGAAAUAUACUUCACCGGGACUUGAAAAACUCGAUCCUUUCGUCGCAAACUUCUCCAUAUCAAUCGCUCGUUUGCUUCAAGAAUCUAUAAUAUGAUUACGAAAGAUAACUCGGGCACAAUUGACACGGCCAAAUAUGUCUUCUCAAAGUACUACGAGUACUUACCUUACAUGCGCCUAGAAAAGGAAAGCAUUCUCAACGUCUUGCAUUCUCGUGAAACGGGCACGAAUACCAAAUCUCGCAACAAGUCAAAGUCAAACCCAAAAUGGUCGUCUUUUACUAGAAAAAGUCAAUGCUUCUAUACGAGGUCGUUGUGUGCCGCGAAAAUCGGGCGGCCGCUUUUUUAUUCUAUCACUAAUGUGGAAAAAGGCGUUGACAAGAGGCUUAGACCUAGGCAAUUCGAAUACAAUCCAUUAGAUUCUGGCUUAAUGGCAAUCGGAACUCUUGAUGGCGAGGUGAUUGUGGUCAACCACGAGACGGGGAAUAUUGUGUCCCGUGUGGCCUCGUGUGGGGAUAUGAAUAGUAUUCUCGGUCUCUGUUGGCUCAAGGAACAACCCUCUAAGCUCCUAGUGGGCUCCGAUAACGGCUCGUUGAGAUUGUACGACGUCAACUGUGACGCCCUGAAAUCGUCCAAGGACUGCUAUUGCGACCCGGUUGUGACCUUUGACGACUUCGAGCAGCUGACAUCGGUUCACGUCAACUCGACAGACGACCGCUGUCUGGCGAGCGGCUACUCGAAGAAAGUCGCGAUUUACGACAUCGCUAGUGGCAAAAGGUUACAACUUUUAUCGGACAUGCAUCGUGAGCCCAUAAAUGUCGCCAAAUUUUCGAACCAUUCCCCGAGCAUGUUCGUGACCUCGUCGUUCGAUCGUGACGUGAAGAUGUGGGACACGAGGCAGAAGCCCGUGGGCCCGUGCUUCUCGGCCCGAAGCACGAGAGGAAAUGUGAUGGUCGUGUUCUCGCCUGACGAUCUUUAUUUGUUGGUCUCGGCCGUUGAUAAUGAGGUGAAGCAACUUCUAUCGGUGGAUGGGAGGCUUCACACUGAUUUCGGCAUAGUGUCGACCGGAAGUGCUCAUAACUACACUCGAUCUUAUUACAUGAACGGAAGAGAUUACAUCAUUAGUGGGAGCUGUGAAGAAUCGACGGUUCGUGUUUGUUGUGCUCAAACGGGCAGGCGACUUAACGACAUUUCUUUGGAGGAUAUGAGAUGGGGGAGCUCGAUUUUUGUGCAAUCGUUGAGAAGCGAUCCUUUUAGACAUUUCAACAUGGCGAUCCUUGCAGCCUACGCUCGACCGAUGUCCAAAUACGAAAUUAUUAAGGUCGACUUGCUCUCGUCUAGUCACUCUAAUGAAGAAAAUCAAGAAGGCUUGAGCGUCAACAAUUCCUACUGUAAGGGUGGCUAAUUAUGUACAUUUCCACUUUGGAUUUUGAUCCUAUUAUUCAAUUGAUGGGUUGUAUUUAUUUUUCACUUCUCUAUGUAUAUAUUUAUUUUUAUUAUUUACUUUUCUUUUUUGGUCCAAGAAAUGUGACGGGACGCAAUGGAGCAAAAUCCUACUAAAGCUCGAGUGUAACACAAUGUCCGCAUGGAAUGAAGAAGCAGUUUCUUUGGUCGUCAUAGCAAAUGACACAUAUUUUGCCGUCAUACAAAUCCUCUGAUGAAGAUGAGCAACUGUUGUUGCUGCCCGAUUCGAAGUGAUCGUCACUAUCGUUCGUGCCAUAAAUAGUAACCACAAACUCUUGACCUUUCGAAGGCAAUAAUGUGGUACUCUCGGUUGGUCUCCGUGAAGCAUUACUUGAUUCGUCUCCAUCCGAGAUCCACAAGAGUUUCACGAUCAAUGCCAUCACCAUCAAGAAUAUCGCUGAGAUAUUUUAUAUUUUUUCACAUGAGAAAAAUAGUAGUUACCCUUCGCUGGCAAUAAUAAUAAUAAUAAUA